GAAGCGGCGGGAGCCCCCGGCCGCCGCCGCCGCUCUGCGCGCUCCAGACCCCGGCGCCCGCCUUCUGCAGGGGAAGCCUCUAAUGGCUCUGGCUCGUGACUUGCCCCUCGGCCACUUCCCCUGAAAGAAAUCCUUGGAAAAAGUUGCAUUAAAAAAAAACCCCUCACGCCGACCUUUGGGGCCGCGGGGGCCGGAGAGACGUGCGUGGGGUUGCGAGGAAGAGAGCCGAAGCCCCCUUCCCGGGACUCCUGCGAUGAGCCCCUGCGGGCUGGCCCGCCGACACACGUCCAGAGGGGCCAUGGCAGUACUGGCCUGGAAGUUCCCGCGAACCAGGCUGCCGGUGGGGGCCAGUGCCCUCUGCGUCGUGGUCCUGUGCUGGCUCUACAUCUUUCCCGUCUACCGGCUGCCCAACGAGAAGGACAUCGUGCAGGGGGUUCUGCAACAGGGCACGGCGUGGAGGAGGAACCAGACAGCGGCCAGAGUCUUCAGGAAACAGAUGGAGGACUGCUGUGACCCCGCCCAUCUCUUUGCAAUGACUAAAAUGAAUUCCCCCAUGGGGAAGAGCAUGUGGUAUGAUGGGGAGUUUUUGUACUCAUUCACCAUUGACAAUUCAACGUAUUCUCUCUUCCCCCAGGCGACCCCAUUCCAGCUGCCCUUGAAGAAAUGCGCGGUGGUGGGAAAUGGUGGGAUUCUGAAGAACAGUGGCUGUGGCCGUCAAAUAGAUGAAGCAAAUUUUGUCAUGCGAUGCAAUCUUCCUCCCUUAUCAAGUGAAUACACCAAAGAUGUGGGAUCCAAAAGUCAUUUAGUGACAGCGAACCCCAGCAUAAUUCGACAAAGGUUCCAGAACCUGCUGUGGUCCAGAAAGACAUUUGUGGACAACAUGAAAAUCUAUAACCACAGUUACAUCUAUAUGCCUGCCUUUUCUAUGAAGACAGGAACAGAGCCUUCCCUUCGGGUUUAUUAUACACUGUCAGAUGUCGGUGCCAAUCAAACAGUGCUCUUUGCCAACCCCAACUUUCUGCGCAGCAUUGGCAAGUUCUGGAAAAAUAGGGGAAUCCAUGCUAAGCGCCUGUCCACAGGACUCUUCCUGGUGAGCUCAGCCCUGGGUCUCUGUGAAGACGUGUCCAUCUAUGGCUUCUGGCCCUUCUCUGUAAAUAUGCACGAGCAGCCCAUCAGCCACCAUUACUACGAUAAUGUCCUUCCUUUCUCUGGCUUCCAUGCCAUGCCAGAAGAAUUUCUCCAACUCUGGUAUCUUCAUAAAAUCGGUGCACUGAGAAUGCAGUUAGACCCAUGUGAGAACACCUCUCUUCAGCCCACCUUCUAGGGACAAUGGAAAAAGAAAGAACUGAGCCAGGGUAUUUUUGUUAGGUUUUCUACAUAACUCCAAAAGGAAAUGGACAAGUUGUUUCAUGAAUUUGCAUGGGCUACUUGAAAAACAAAACAACUAAAACCCGAGGGAAUCUCUACUUUUAAUAUUGACUUGGAGAAUAAAUGAGAAAUGAAACAUCCUAGGAAAUAUUUUACAACACGUUGUGAAUUUGCAACUAUAAUAACAUGCUGGUGAAGCAUAUUUACAUGAUUCAAGUAGAAAUGGGUUUAUCACAACCAAGACUGAUCUCUUAACUGUUGAAGCUGAGGAACUAAUCAAAGGAAACGCCAGGGCAAAAGUGUUAUUUAUUAUCGACACAAACUGGAUUACUUAAAAAAACAACAAACCUAUCUUAUUAAGACUGAUAUUAGAACCAUAAGUUUUUAAAAAAUUAUUAUUUAUUUUUCCCCUAUUUAGGGGCAGUGAGUGGGUAAUGGGGUAGAUUUUUAAAAAUCCCUUACUGAGUAAUAAGGAUACAAAACAUUGCAGCUGAUUAUUGUGAUUUGUUGAACCAAGUCUUUGUUACCUAUAGUUCCCUCCAUUUUUUUAAAUGUUAAAUAAGUACUGCUUCCUCCCCCCGUUGUCAAGUCUACUUAGACAAUGUGAAGCAUUGUUGAAUUUAGACUGUGUUGAAUCAUAGUCUGGAUAACAUGAACCACUUUCCCUCCUCCUUAGAAUUUAGGGCAUACACUCAAUUUUAGGUCUAUAUUAUGUAAGCCUGUUUGUAUUACUGUUAAUACUUUUAUGUACAAGAACUACAAAUGUGAGUGCAUUAUUAUUUAUUUGUAAAUUGGCUUGUUUUCAUAAUUUAAUGUUUUCGAGAUGAAAUGAAGCACAAUGAGGUAUAGAUCAGUCUUUAGAUAACAGACUGGAAGGCACAUCCCCUGUCUACCAUGGCACAUUCACUCCAAGAGAAAGCAUUUGCAUGCUCACAUGCAAACACACACGUGCACACAAGCUCAUUCCUGCAGUUAGGGAAGCUGAACCCACAUUAUCUGCUAUGGCAAAAAUCUGUAAGUAAUGUUGGAGAGCUACAAGUGUAUUAUAUACUACACACUGCGCCUUGAUAGAAGACAAGACAGCUUAGGCAUUACUGCUCACAAUGCUCACACCAGCAUGAGGUGCAAGCUUUGCCCCCAGUUGCUUACCCAGAAUGAGCAGAAUUGUUUUCCCCCUUCUAACACCCACCAACAUCUCAUGAGUGGACUCUGCAUGAGCGUGGUCACACCAGGCAUGGUUCAUACAAGUAAAGGGGUGUGAACUAGUAACAGCUUAUAACAGGUAUGAGUACUUAGAAAAAUUGUUCCAUCCGCGUGGACACAUUAUAAGGAAACUCAAUUCCUUACAGUGUUCCCUGUAUGGUAAAGGAAGAACCCUUUAUUGUCUUUGUGCUUUGGGAUGCCUUAGUCUAACAAGCACCCCAGACUCUAGAAAUCACUAUAUUUCUUCUUUAAAUGUCACUAAGAUUUAUGUAAACAGUACCCAAAAGUUCUACCUGAUUUUCAAUGGUACAAACUCAGCAUACCAUGUAGAUUAAAACAGGUGGCAGUUUUUGGUGGGUUAAUUUAAAAGAUAUCAAGAUGACACAGCCCUUGGGAGAAAUUAUACACUAUUAGAAUACACAGUUUCUUUUUUUUUUUUUUUUUUUUUUUUUUUUUGUGUGGGACCCUCGUCAUGCGGGUGGCCAGGGAACGAACCAGCGCUGCAGAGGCUGCAGGCAGCCUCGCAGCCCAGCACUCAACCGCUACGCCACCAGGGGAGGCUAGGAUACACAGUUUCUAAAUAGGAUUAAAUAUUGAGGUUACUAGUGACAGUAGCAGCUAGAAUAUGACUUAUGAUAUAACAUUAAAUUUUAGAAUUUGCGUUUUAAUUGUGUGUACAACUGAUUUGCUGUCUGGAUACUAUAUGGUGACAAAAUUGUAAUGAGAAUAUACAUAAGUUAACCAUGUUAAAUAGUCACUCUGUGCAACCCUGAAUAUGUUUCCUCUUUUGAGUUCUCUGUAUUAUUUAAUAAUUAAAAACAAAUACAUUUUAACCUAUACCUCUAAUCAAAAUUGUAGAAGGGCUGAGGCAGAACACAUACAAAUGCUAAUGAAAUGUGUCUUUCAAAUUGUUAAAACUCCAUAAAGUUCCACUGAAAAUGCUAUUGUGAAAAUGGUACAUUUUGUUAAGAUUCCUGGGAUAGAUUUAUAAGUGGAUUUGUAGAAUGUUUAGUCUAUAAAUUGGUGGCCUCUAAAAAAUAAUACAGGAAAUGGUCAAAAAUGUUUAGGUCAGUAUUUCUCAACUGGUAUGCUUUCCUUUCCUCAUUUGAUGAUAUUUGGCAAUUUCUGGAGACAGUCUUGACUGACAUUUUGAUUUGAAGGCCCUAUUGGCUUCUGGUGGAUAGAGACCAGAGAUCUUGCUAAAUACCCUACAUGUAUAGGGCAGGCCCUAUGAUAACACAGAUUAAACCGAUACUGAAAUUUUUUAGAAUUUAGAAUUCACAACAUCUCAAAUGUUAGUGAUGCCCAGGUUAGAAACCCUGGGCUAGACCAAAAUGAUAUUUUGAUGGUUCACAUUUGUCAUCAAUUAAGGAUAUGCAUACUUGUCUAUGCUAUUCACUGUUACCAGAAUGUUUUCUUAAAGAAAAUUAAAAUUUGAUGUUUCUUUAUAGUGACAGCUCAUAUCUGUGCCAUACAUAUUUCCUUUCCUUAUGAUUGGAAGAUAGGUGCAUCUAAACCCAGGUGCAUGUGUGUGUGUAACGUAAAGUUACACAUCUCCAUCCUUAUUGAAAUACAUGUGUUUCUAAGAGAGGGCCUCCCUAGAGUUAACCUUGAUGAGGACUCCCGAAUACUCAAUAGAGAAGUUGAAUGCUAAACUCCAAUUAUUUUCUUUUCUUUUCUUUAAUUAUCCUUGUUUUAUAUUUC